AUGCCACUCCUUUCCAAUCAGAUCCAAUCCCUCACCCAGCUCGGACAUCGUGAAUCCGAACAUUCAUGUUUACCACAAAAGCAUGAUUCCCUGUACCUAUUCGACGGUAACAUUGUCCUCACGGCCCCAACUAAGUCUGGCGGAACGACCGUAUUUCGGGUCCACCAAUCAAUGCUGUCCAAUCAUUCACCCAUCUUUGCAAAUAUGUUGAAAACCCCUGUCAGGGAUGAAGUACAAAUGUACGAUGGCAUUCGACUAGUGCGCCUCACUGACGAUGCCGAGGAGAUCGAGUCUGUGUUCAAGUUGAUGUAUAUUCAUCCUCUGGUACUAUCUCAACGCCUGAGUAGACAUGUGCCUCCGAUAGUGCGCCAUGUUCUGAAGCUAUCGAACAAAUACGAGAUGAGCGAACUUCGCCAAGCGGUUGUUCAGCUGUUGGAGACUCAAUGGCCGACGUCGCUAUCGCAGUGGGAUCGACUUGAAAGCGAAAUAGCAGUCAUGGCAUGGGAUCAAGAUUGCGACCCUAUACCACUUGACCUUGAUGACAGCCUGCCAGAACCUGCUUUGGCGAUAAAGCUGGGCAGAGAAUUCCAUAUUCCAAGCAUAAUGCCCGCUGCUUUCUACCAUCUAUCUCGUCUCUCCAUUGGCCGCCCGCUCCAUGUCCCAAAAGAUUCGCUGCGACAACGCACCGCCGACUGGAACCUUCUCACAGCAGCCGACUUGAUCUGCCUGAUUAUGGGAAAGGAAGGUCUGUCGAUGGUUGCCGCUUCAAUGUUAAUACCGGAUUGUUGCGGUGAUGAAACUGUGAAGACCCAUUGGAUGGAAGAAGACUGUAGGGGAUGCAGAAGGUCGGAGAUGGUGGAGCAAAUUCGUUGGGAGUGUAAGCGCACGUCGGACGUUCUCUCGACUCUUCGUCAGUACUUGACGAUAGAGUCACUGUUGUCACCAAUGUGUAAAAUAUGUUCUCGUAUCAUCAAGACCCAGCUGAGGGGGGUGCGACAAAAGCUAUGGGCUAUGUUGCCCCUUCUGUUUCAGUUGGAAGUUUGA